CACGAUAGCUACUGAGCCGUAAAAGCAAACACACUACCUGCUCAUGUGUGUCAUAUGCAAGCCCAGCUAGGACUUCACAUCCUGCAGGAGGGCCCACCUAACUGUCAAGGCCAAUCCCUUUCGCUCCUUUUUCAGUCACCACCUCUUCUUACAGACUGCCCGCUUUUCGUCAGCCACCACAUCAUGGCACAGUCACCCGCGGGCCAGGCGCGCACCUACUCCUCGCCCAUGGCCUCUCCAACGUCGUUCUCGACGACUGCAACGCUGUCGCCCUGCGGCGAUGUCAGCAACACAACGGGACCUUCCUCUCCUGGCUCACCGGUCCGGACCGUACCUGGACGCACGCUGCGGCGAAAGAGAUCGACUGCCAACGCAGCACUCACCACAAGGCCUUCGCACCUGAGCCUGCGCGACCGGAGCGGGAGCACCUCGUCCAGCAUCGAGGUCAGCCUGGGCAGCAUGAGCCUGUCCUCGGCGUCCAGCGUGGGGCAAACGACGACGAUGAACCCACCGCCGCUCGUACUCGACCAGCCACUGCUCGAGGAAGGUCAAGCGCAGCUCGUCGAAGCGCCCCCGCUCGACAUCUCCCCCUCGGCACUCGUCCUGGUCCACACCGAGAGUAGCAACGGAAAGGGAACCACGCUGGCACACGCCCUCUUCCAGCCAAACUUUCUCAUCGACGCACACGGCCACGUCAGGCGCCUGUCGCGUACCGAGUGGGAACGCGCAAGAGCCACCGUCGAGGAGGCCAGGAUCGUCGGAGUGGGCGGCGGCAGCGUGUCCGCAUCGUCGUCCAAAGGAGAAGGAGCAGGGAGAAGGACGAUCAUCUUUGGAAAUGAAGGCGAGGAGGGCGAGGAGAGCAGAACUUUUCAUCUUCAGGCUCGCGCUGCGGCGGCAGAGGACGGCCAGGUGGGUGGGGAGGAGGAAGAAGGAGGACACCGCGGGGUCUCGCCAGGUCGAUUUCUUGAGAUCGUGAUCAGAGGUAGAGACAUCGAGAAAGCCGGCCUGCCGUCGCAGCUGUGCGCUCUCCUCGAGCAGUCAAAGGGCUUCUCGGAAUCCGAACUGCGAGGGGAGGGCGACAGCAACCUUUGCGACGAAAUCCUCUACAUCGUUCGCGGCAGGGUUCCAACAGAUUGAUUGAUGAUCGCUACAGACAAUUCUUUGUAUUUUAAAGACAACAACAUGAAGGAAGAAAGAAAUGACGGGACAC